AUGUGGAUUAUUGAUUGGUUCUACAACGUCCUCUCGAGCCUUGGUCUGCUCAACAAGCACGCCAAGCUCCUUUUCCUCGGUCUCGACAAUGCCGGCAAGACGACUCUGUUGCACAUGUUGAAGAACGACCGAGUUGCUAUCCUUCAGCCCACUCUUCACCCCACUUCCGAGGAGCUCGCCAUCGGCAACGUGCGCUUCACAACCUUCGAUCUCGGUGGUCACCAGCAGGCCCGCCGCCUCUGGAAGGACUACUUCCCUGAAGUCAACGGCAUCGUCUUCCUCGUCGACGCCAAGGACCACGAGCGAUUUCCCGAGGCCAAGGCCGAGCUUGACGCUCUUCUCUCCAUGGAAGAGCUCGCCAAGGUUCCCUUUGUGAUCCUCGGCAACAAGAUUGACCACCCCGACGCCAUUUCCGAGGAGGAGCUCCGUCACCAGCUCGGCAUGUACCAGACGACUGGCAAGGGCAAGGUGCCUCUGGAGGGUAUCAGGCCCAUUGAGGUUUUCAUGUGCUCCGUUGUCCUCAGACAAGGUUACGGCGACGGUAUCCGGUGGCUGUCUCAGUACGUCUAA